AUGUCGAGUAUUCCCGAUCAUCUCCUCUCCGACAUUGUUGAAAAGCUCGAUGUAAAAUCACUUGUUCGAUUUAAAUCCAUGAACAAGGAAUGGCAAAAUUACAUUAACAACUCAAACUUCAUCAAACAACACUUGAAGAACUCACUACAAUACCCUACUGAAUUUAAUACCCAACUCAUCUUUACGUCUGGAAGUUCCCUCUACCUUAUCGAUGACGUUAGAAGCUUAUCGCCGCGUCCUGUUGAACUCGCUUUAGCUCCUGCGUUCCAGCACGUUUCACCUCCAAGAUUAGUUGGUUCGAGCAACGGCAUACUUUGCAUUAGCAGUGGUUUUUAUCAGAACAAUUAUUGUCUGUUGAACCCCACAAAUCCGACAGCGGUAAAGAUCCUUCCUUUCGCUGAUAAUGAGAUAAGCCAACACCGUUACUCGGAGAUGUGUUAUAUAUCAGUUGCUUCAGCCUUUGGUUAUGACGAAAAGAACGACGAUUACAAGAUCGUGUAUGUUUGGUACUGGAAGGAAGACUAUGAUCAGGUAGGACUCGAAGGAAUGAUUUAUAGCUUGAGAUUAGGAUCGUGGAAACGGUUAGAUCCUCCAGACGUAGGUGCACAAUGGACGAAUAUUGGUUUCGGCGUCUUAAACAAUUGCUUAAAUUUUUACGCGAAUAAUCACGAUGUGAAGAUGAUUAUUAGUUUUAAUCUACAUGAUGAAGAAUGGAGUCAGAUGGAUUUCCCUAAUUUAGAUGAAAAAUAUAAGGUCAACAAUGUGUUUGUUUUGGAGGGAUGUAUAAGCACGCUGAUUACUGUUCCUGAACGAAAUUGUUCUGAUCAACAAUUAUGGGUUAUGAAAGAAUACGGUGUUACAAGUUCAUGGACAAAAUUAUUGAUUUUUCCUGUGGAAAGUUUCGAAGAUUUGAACGUUCUGUUUUAUUCUAACAGGGUAAACAGAUAUUUGUUAUCAUUGUGGGUCAGUGAUAAGAAUAGUUGUCGUUUAUUUUGGUAUGAUGAGGUAGAUGGGUAUAUAGAGGAUGUUAAGAUUCAGGGUGACCUUAAGAUUCAUGAUAUUCAAAUGGUUAUUCCAAGCCUUGUUCCAAUUGGGUGUAGGAGGCUUAAGGCGCCAUCGAGAUGGGAGAAGAUUGUUGGGAAGACAAAUAUGAAGUCCAGAGCUAGAAGGUAG